AUGAAGUUACUGGUUUUUGUCGUUGGUCUGUCCCUGGCUAGUGCAGCUAGGCUGCCAUUCCCAGUCGAUAUUAAUAGUUAUCAUGAAAAGAUUGGAAUACCAGAGUACGAACGCCUCAAACAAGCUGGAGAGGCUCAAGACUUCGACGGAUCCAGGAUUAUCGGAGGUCAAAUAUCUGCUCUCGGCGAACAUCCUCACUUGGCUGGUCUAAUUGUCUUGCUGACAACUGGACAAAGUUCUCUUUGCGGAUCUUCCCUUCUUACUAACACUAAGCUUGUCACUGCUGCUCACUGCUGGUGGACUAAUACCCACCAAGGUGUCCAAGUAACCGUCAUCCUCGGCUCCACGAAUAUAAAUUUUGGAGGUGUUCGUCGCACAACUAACAAUGUUCAAACGCAUAAUUUCAACCCAUACACCGUUGAAAACGAUGUAGCUGUAAUAACCAUCUCCUAUGUCGGUUUCACCAAUCACAUCCAGCCCAUUGCUCUCGCGACUGGGAGCAAUCAAUACAUAGGUUCUACGGCUAUCGCUGCUGGUUACGGAGCAAUUAGUGACAGCCCUUGGAUUAGUAACAGCGUAAAAAGACACGCUGAACUUCUAGUGGUUAACAACUCAGUUUGCGCCAGUGCCUUCGGUUCUGCAUACAUCUUCCCCUCCACUUUGUGCGUUUCUACCACCAAUGGUCGCAGCACAUGUUUUGGUGACUCCGGUGGUCCUCUCGCUGUUGGUAGCGGAUCCAACCGUGUUUUGAUCGGUAUCACUUCCUUCGGUGGCCAGUUUUGUCAACGUGGAAUCCCCGCCGCCUUCGCCAGAGUUACUUCAUUCGCCUCCUGGAUCCAAGCCCGACUUUAAAAAAUUAAUUAAAUAUAAUAUCUAAUAAUUCUUAGUAUUUGUUUCACUCAAUAUGUCAUAAUAAUAUAUUGAACUGAAUCAAAAUUGGUAA